CUGCUGUGCACUUCGGAGGCGCCUGUGACGUUUGGUUGGUGCUUGCCGUGUUAAAGCUUCAGCUACUUUGCCUUUUCUGGUCACUCCCUGCAUGCAGCCAUGUUUGUGAAAGUGAGGACCAUGGAUGGCAAUGCCUCAGGAGUUGUGACAAUAUCCAAGCUCACUACAGUAGACCAGUUCAGGAAACUGGUGGAAGAUGAGCUUGAUGUUGCUCCAGAAUGCCAGCGGCUCUUCUUUAGAGGCAAACAGAUGGAAGAUGGGCACACCAUGUUUGAGUAUGAUGUCAAUGUUAAUGAUGUCAUACAGCUCAUGGUUCGGCAGCCUCUCGCCCCUGUCAAAGCAGACAACCAUAGGAGACAAGCAAACAACACCAUAGAUAAGGACAGUGCAGACAAAGGUGCAUCCUCAGUGCCAGUGGAAGCAUGUGGUGUCAAUGGUGAUGCAGCCCAGACUGUUAACUCUGACAAGGCGGUGGACAUGGACGACAACCGCGGCUGGGAUCUCCUCUCCGGGGUCUUCUACAGCUAA